ACGCCCCGAUGAGCAAUUUUCAGAAGAGAAAAGCACGAGGGAGAAAUAAAUUUUCACCUUAAUGUGCUAAUGAAAAAACACUUUUUACACAGCCAUUAACACGGAGCAGAACAUAACAUAACAUCAGAUAUAAUAAACGGACACAACAAUCAUGGGACGAUGAAUCCCAAAAGAGAGCGAAUGAGUGAGUAAGGAAAACGUUAAACGAAUCAGUUGAACUUGUUUACAUUUAUAGCAGUUGAUGUGAAGUGAAUUUUUCCUUUCGGUCUCGCAUUAUAAUACUUCGACAGACAAUCAAGUGAAAUGAAAAAAAGAUAUCUAACAAAAGAAAGAAAAGUCAAAUCGAAGGUUCAUUUUUCUUCGAGAAAAUAAUUCAUAAUUCAAUUAUUCAUAAUUCUAUCGAUUUUUUUUUUUCGUUAACCGAAAAGUUAUUUUUAGAACGCAAUCCAAAGUUAAAGAAACGAAAAAAUAAAAAGAAAAGAAAAAAACGCAAAAUGGAUGAAAAGACUCGUAAAGACUAAGAAACAUAUUGAAAGAAGUGCAGAAAGAAAAAUAUCGAAUUUCAAUCAUCAAGAAAAUAUAAUAAUUGGAGAAAACCUCAGAAAGUUUUUCAUCAAAUUAUUUGUUAAUGAAACAUCAUCAAAUUUAUACCUGAAUGGGUCGCAUUGGAUCGAUUGCUUAUCAUGCGUUUGUGUGGCUGUUUCUCGUACAAUUGCACAAAUGCAGCGAAUUUCCUGAGCGUGAAUGUUGCGAUCCAAUUUAUCCGUUGGUUCCUGAACUCGAUCCACUUCCACCCGCAUUACCGACAACGACAAUAUCUUCAUCAUCAUCACCUUAUGGUGGUGGAUCGAGUGCUGGAGUUUUAACAGGGAGAUCUGGUCCGAAUGUGAAAAUAGCCAUAGCAAUACUUAACUGCAUCCUAGCGCGUCAAUUAUGCUUCGAAGAUCCUUCGUGUUCGGCAAUACUUGAGAUCAUACCUCGUGUGUGCGGCCCUGUGCCAGUUGCCUGCAGCACCGUGACUGUAACGAAAUGUCAAGCAGCGCUUCGCACACUGCAGGCUUUUCCUUUCUUUCGGCCGACGUGUCUUUGUAAAGAGCCUGGAGUCGAUCCCGACUGCAACUACUUCAAAGACUUUCUCUUCGACCACCCAUGCGGAUUCGUUCUCAAAAAAGAGAAAGAUCCUUAUCCAGUUGAUGCCUUACCGACGUGCAAUCAUGCAUUAUCCGUAUGUCAACAGGAGCGAAGAUGCAUAAAACUCUUCGAAGACUUCAAGACACAUUGCAAAGUUCGUGAAAAUAAGUGUCGAAUGGAAGACAGAGACGCAUGUCAUGAAGCGUGGACGAAUCUUCGUCUGUCGCCGAUGUUUGGCUGCAUCUGUCCAAAUAAUCACAUGAAACGAAGAUGUGAUAAAAUAUUUAAUGUAGUUAAUCAUAAUCCAUGUGUCGAUGUUCUUCCUUCAGCACUUGAUAUUUCCUCUGGCACAUCAACUAAUUCCAUUAAUGCAAACUAUUAUCCAUCAUCCGAUUGGAUCGGUGAGAUUCGUCCCCGAUCUCGAUACCCUUACACGUUCCCAUACUUUCUCUUCCCACCAAAUCCUCAAAAAUAUUCCCAAUUUUCUUCCAAUAAUCCCGAAUCGUCUUAUGAUCUUUAUGCACAAUACAACCCCAACGGCACUAAGAUGCACUUAAGUCGGAUUUAUAAUCACACAAUGCACAAAUUUCCACAGCACUUUGAGAAUGUUAGUGAUAUUAAUGUCAAUAGGACUGAUGAUGCACGCGAUGGACGAUUACGAUUACAAACGCAAAAGGAAUUGCUUAGAGAUUUCAAAAAUAUUGUCCGCGCCAUGGGAAUUGAUGAAAAUUACAGCCGAGCUUUGGACGAGAACAUGGCACUGAUUGAGUCCCCGUUACUUGCGCCAUCCAAUUCACAUUUUCGUCAACAUUAUAAAACUGCACUUUAUCCAUACAACAUAACAUCACAAAUCACACAAGUGAAUGGUGGAGGUGGAACUUAUGCGACAAAUGAACAGGAUUUGACCGUUCAUGGGAAUGGCGAUGGACAUUUCUACAACGUGGAGAAACAAAAUUCCGACGAUAUUGAGACUGAUCCUGAGUCCCAUCCUAUACAUUUCCAGAGUACCUGCCAUCUAGCUCUCGACUCAUGUCGUGAUGAGUCGACUUGCUCAAGUUCAUUACAAACUGUCAUCAUGCAUUGUGACAUUGAUCGUUGCAAUCGGAAUGCAUGUAUGGAAUCACUUCAACAUUUCUAUCGUGAUGAUACACACGAAGACAUUAAUCUUGAUGCUGCAUUGUGUCUUUGUCGAAAGACACCUUCACGUUACGAUUCGUGCAUGUUGGCAAAAGAAAAAUUACAUCCUGUUUGCGCUCAACGACCGCCCGAUUCAACAUCUACACCAGCAUCGAAUGGCGCGAUUUAUAAUCCACUGCCGGCAUGUCAUACUGUAGCGGAUUUAUGCAAAGAAGAUCCCGAGUGUCGCUCUCGCUUAGAGAUUUAUGAACAAUCGUGUGCCGUAGAUAGCGUAACGAAAAAGUGUGCGGGGAAGACAAACAGCUGUCGAAUUGCAUUGUUGGGCAUCAUGGGAACCCCAUUGAGAACGCUCUGUGCUUGUCAUGGUUCUGAUUUGCAACAGCUUUACGAAUGUCUCGGAUGGCAGAGGCUUUUGUGGUUAAAUCCUUGUGUUGGUAACACAUCAACAACAUCGACAUCAUCACCCAUUCGUGUUGUAAUUAUGGAAAGAGAAAGACUGCAAACUCUUGCACCACUCCCGCCAAUACCGGAAAUUACAUACCACCGUCCAAUUGAACAUGAACACGAACAUGAAAUCGAAUCAAAUUAUAUUGAUGGUCAAGAUAGUUACAUUCCAAGUGAACUCUUUGACAAUGACAAUAAAGAUGAAGAAUUUUAUGGAGGUGUGACAACAGAAAUGCUUGAAAUGGAAAUGACAACUCACAUGUCGACGACAACGACAGUUGAAACCACGACCAUUCCGAUCAGAUAUUGCGUCGUUCAAAGACCACACACAGUUGAGCAGUACAUUGCUGAAGGGAAGAGUCGUAGACUUUACAUUAUGGAUGAUCAAGAGUGCAGCGAAUUAUGUUCAUGCGGUUUGGAAACUCUGGCGCUUUCAUGUCACGCACUUUGUGUGCCACUUGUUCCAUGCCGUACUUCGCUAGCUUAUUACAGUCAUGCAGCGCCAGCUUAUCAAGCGUUUCGAGGUCGUUGUUUGUGCUACUCAGGACGCUUUAUUUGCAUGCGACCACCACCUGGCGAGUACAAGCUGCCUGGUGGAAUAUUUUUGUUACUCGGCUAUAGCUCGACCGAUGAAGCAUUAUUACGCCCUCAUACAAAUCUUGGCGUUCAGGAUGCUGUAAGAGCGCUUCAACAAUACGUCGUUCAGCACAUUAAUAAUCAAACAAUGUGCACGCUUUCCUUGUUUAACAUUACUGACGAAAAUAUAAUUUUAUCGGUUCGACUUCCAUUCGAUCAAAAAAUGUCCGCGAUUGAGAUGCUGCGAAAAGAGAAGCAACAUUGUACAUCAAUUUUGGAAACGAUAAGUCAUCAUAUCAAUACAGAAUACGAUGAAUUGUCAGCCCAUCGACUUUUGAGUAUUUUUAAAAUGGCAGAAGUUCAGAUAAUUUGGCCGGAGGUGAAUGCAGCAGCAGGUCCAAAGAACGUUAUGGGAAUUUCACUUAUCUUUACUGUCUUCAUGACAGUUUAUAUUAACUGUCGAUGGCACAGUUAUCGAUUGGAUCAAACGUGACGUUAAAUUCAAAAUUCAUUUCCGCUUCUUGUCAAAAACCUUUUUUUAUUUUUAAACAAAAUAUUUUUACGUAAUUUUGAUAUCGAAACAUGGAAAAGCAAUUUAUAGUUAAAGUGAAACAUAUUUCUUAAAUGAGAACUGACAUAAAGGUCGAGUUGAACAAAAGCGUAGAUGUUUUGGUUGGGGUGAAGAAGUGAAAGGAAGAAUUGUCAAAAUCUUCAACACUCCAACUGCGUCUUCGAAAGCGAUUUGAAAAUUUUUUUCAACAAAAAACUUUCUGAAUAAAUAUUCAUUAACGCAUUGUUUCUUAUUCUUCUUGUUAUUUCGGUUAAAUUUUUAUUUCACAAGCACAAGAAGAAAUUUUUUCAAAGAUGCCAAAGAGAGAAAAAUCACUUUUUUAUUUCGUUUUCUUCUUCACAAAGUUCAACGCUAAUGUUGCGACUAAAAUUGUCAUCGUUUGUUUAGCGAC